UACCAGCUGACAAGCAAGGGAAUUACCAGCAUGCAUUGGAACACCUGUGUUUUAGUCAAUGGUGGUGUUGAUAAUUAUUUUUUCUGUUACUCUGGUUUCGAAAUCUAUUUUUGUUAUGUAUUUGGAAAUAUUUUUCAAAAUAUUUUUAUUCUUUUUAGAUUAAUUAUCAGAAUAGAUUUACAGGACUAUUCAUAAAAAAGUAAAAAAAAAUAAUUCAAUUUCGUUGGUUUUUUUCUAAAAAAGAAAAUAUUUUUUGGACACUUCAUAUUCAAUCCUAACCAGUGGACUGUGUCCUGUCUCUGUCGUCUAAAAUCUUGAAACUGGGGUUUUCUUGUUCAAAAGUUUCAGUCUUUUAGUGGCUUAUCAGUAACUGUAGAAACUCUAGAGAGAGAGAGAGAGAUGGAAAGUGGCAAGAAGGCAGAAGCAGGCCCAUCAUCAACAACAAGAGGUGGUUUUGAUGAGAAACUAGAAAGGAAAAGGGAAACCAGUGAAAUCCCACCUGCUGUAGCUGCUGCUAUCGAUGAUGAGGAGGAGGAGGAUGGUGAUGCUGUUGAUAAUGGAGUUCCUGUUGCUGGAUUUGUUCCUGGGCCUUUGCUAUCUCUCAAGGAACAGAUUGAGAAAGACAAGGAAGAUGAUAGCUUGAGGAGGUGGAAGGAGAAGCUACUUGGCUGCGUUGAAAGUGAUUUGAAUGGCCAACUGGAACCUGAAGUCAAAUUCCACUCGAUAGGAAUUAUAUCCGAUGACAUUGGGGAAAUAAACACUCCCUUGCCCGUUGAUGAAAGUCAGAGUGGUCAUCCCCUUUUCACUCUCAGGGAAGGAUCUCGAUACCAGCUUAAGCUAACAUUCAGUGUUCUGCACAAUAUUGUUUCUGGCCUUGCAUACUCAAAUACAGUGUGGAAGGGGGGGAUACCAGUUGAUCAAAGCAAAGGAAUGCUGGGUACUUUCGCUCCCCAGCGGGAACCAUAUUUCCAUACUUUGGAGGAGGACACAACUCCAUCUGGUGUGCUGGCAAGGGGAACUUAUUCUGCAAAGCUUAAGUUCGAAGACGAUGACAGAAGAUGCCAUAUGGAGCUCAAAUAUUCCUUUGAGAUUAAGAAGAGAAGCUAGCCAAAUUUUGCUGCGAGGAGUUUCCUCAUGUUUUCAUGUGUUUCUUUGUUCCAUUUCUUUUUGGUCUUAUUAAGUACACAGAUGUUUUUCGAACCUGUUGAAUUUACUAUAGCAUUUAGGUGCAAGGAAAUAUAGUUUUCGUUUUUUUCUUAAAUAA